GAUAUCAAAGCCGGCAUUGUGCUCGCAGUGGCCUUGGCCCCUCGCGCGUGCCCGGGUGGAGGCGGGAGGAGGGACGCCCGGGGAGGCUCCCUGCUCUCCUCUCCUAGCCGGUGAUCCCAGGGGCCCUGGCCCGGGAAGCAUGGUGCACCCAUGGGUGGCUGCUUCUGCAUCCCCGGGGAGCGGAGUCCAUCCAGGGGCUCGGGUAGAGAAGGCCCUUUCAAGGGUUCAACCCUAUCAAGCCAGCACGUCUCCUCAUCUGAACACGAGGAAAAAUGUUUCCCACGGCAGAAGAUGACACAAGACCUGACGCUCUCCUUCAGCGUCAAGAGCCGCUCGCGGAGGUGUGUGAACGGACCCCUGCAGGAAGCCGCCCGGAGGCGGCUCUGGGCGCUGGAGAACCGGGACCAGGACGUGCGCGCCCUGUUCAAGGACCUUUCUGCCAGGCUGGUGAGUAUCCACUCCCAGAAGGGGCAGUUCCUCAUCACCUUCAAGACGAUGGAGGAAAUCUGGAAGUUCUCCACCUACCUGAAGUUAGGCUAUGUGUCCACGUGCCUGGCGUACCUGCUCUUUGAUCACAAGUACUGGCUCAACAGCAGACUGGUGGAGGACACGGAGAUCCAGGUGUCUGUGGAUGACGAACACCUGGAGAACAUGUACAUGGGCCUCCUGAUACAGGAAGGUCACUUUGUGUGCAGAGCCACGUGCUCCGUGGUUCCCCCGGCCGAGAAGGACGGCGAGUGUCUGACGCUUUGCAAGAAUGAGUUGAUCUCAGUCAAGCUGUCUGCGGAUGAAGCCGAGUGGGAAGGCGGGUCCUUAGUGACGGGCCAGCGGGGGCUGGUGCCCGUGUCGGCCCUGGAGCCUCUGUCGGUGCCUUUCCAUCAAUGGUUCCUGAGGAAUUAUCCAGGAAGCUGUGGCCUUUUCAGGAGGAGGGACUGGACAGGCUCCUAUCAGAUCGGCAGAGGAAGAUGCAAGGCCGUGAUGGAUUAUCAGCAGCAAAGAAAGGGUGAACUGAGCUUCCUGCAGGGGGAGAGCCUGGAGGUCAUCGGCUUUGUCAUCCCCGGGCUGCAGUGGUUCAUCGGGAAGUCCGUGAGCUCGGGAGAAGUGGGCUUCGUCCCCACCAGGACCAUAGACCCCGGUUCUUGCUCUCCCAUGAGCAAGAGCUCUGCCUUCUUCAGUGACGAGGAAAGAAGCUCUCUGUGGACCCUGGGGCACGACAGGAAGGCAGAGUACGUCAGCUUCCUGCGCAUGCUUGCUCAUACCGACAUCACAUCCGUCUACCGGCUCGGUGGGUUUGAAUCCAUCCAGAACCUUCCAAAUGAUCUGAGUGCAUCACAGCCCGAGGGCUUCAAGGAAGCCCGGCAUGGCGGCACCGGGGAGGAGAGUCAGGUCCUGGCGUCCAGACGUUCCAGCAGCUCCGUGGACUCCAGCAUGGAAGACGAGCUCCUCUCAGCCACGUCCGACGACUACCACCUGCCCGAGCCCGAUGACCUCGAUGACCCGGAACUGUUCAUGGACCUCCACGAUGGCCAGGAUGAAGAAGAGGCAGAGAAUUUCGCCUCCAUCCUGGCUUUUCUGGACCGAAAGGGGUACACGGACAGCUUCAAGAACCUCUACGACUCCUCCUUCUCGUGCCUCACCUCCUUCUUCUACGACUUCACGGAGGAAGCCCAGCUCGUGGUCUACCUGGAGGCCUCCAGGAAGUGGGCCAAGAGGAGGCGCUUGACCUGGGCCCACGCGCGGCUCUGUUUCCUGCUGGGCCGGCUGAGCGUCAGGAAGGUCAAGCUGUCCCAGGCCAGGGUGUAUUUCGAGGAGGCCAUCCGCGUUCUGGACGGGGCGUUUGAGGACCUGGUCCUGGUGGCCACGCUGCACGUCAACCUGGCCGCCAUCUAUCUGAAGCAGAGGCUGAAGCCCCAAGACCCAACCCUACUGGAAAAGGCGGGCGCCCUCCUGGCCUGCCUGCCGGGCCACGAGUUCGGUGCCAGGAACGAGCUCGACGUCGUGGCCUACGUGCUGCGCCAGGGCGUUGCGGCAGGCAGCAGACCCCUGGAAGCCCGCGCCUGCUUCCUGGCCCUCCGCCUGCUCCUGAGCUUGGGGCGCCACGAGGAGGCCCUGCCCUUCGCCGAGCGCCUGCAGGUCCUGUCCGGGCUUCCUCUCGCCUCCGACGCCAUGGCGGCCGUCCUGAGUUUUCUGUAUGACAGGAAGUACCUUCCGUACUUGGCGGUGGCCUCCGUGCAGCAGUGGUGUCGCCAGGGCGCCCAGAGGACGGCUCUUCCCGUUUGGCAGGUCUCCCUGGUGCUCCAGAACGCCGCCCGGCUCCUGGGCGCCCCCCCCUCGGCCUGGGACGAGGUCUCGGUCCUGGCCUGCCCCACCCUCAGGCGGGCCCUGGCCGUCUGUGAGGAGCCGGCGGAUCCCGGCCCCCGGAGGGCCCUGUGUCUCAUCCUGUCCAAACUGCACCUUCAGCACGGGGCUCCCGCUGGGGCCGUCCACCACCUGAGCCAGUCCUUGGCGCUAGGGGAGCGGCUGGGCGAGCAGGAGGCCUUGGAGUCGUCCCUCUGUCUGGCAUGGGCCUAUCUCCUAGCCAGCCGGGCCAAGGAGGCUUUGGGCAUCCUCGAGCCGCUGUUAGACUCUCUGAAGGCGACCGAGUGCGGAACCCGACGGGGCGUGGUCCAUAACCUGCUGGGACUUGCACUGCAAGAGGAAGGGCAGGUGGGCAGGGCAGCCAAGAGCUAUCUGCAGGCUCUGCACCGGGCUCAAGAGGCAGGGGACGUGCGCAACCAGGCCGUGGCCACGGCGAACCUUGGCAACCUCAAGGGCGGGGCUCAGCAGCCAGACAGGGACUACCUCCUGCAGGCUGUCCGUCUGUACUCGGAGCUCGAGGCCAGCAAGGAGACGGACGUAGAGUUGGUGCAGGUGCUCCUUUGGUUGGCCCAAGAUAUGGUGUCUGGACGGCAGCUGACCCAGAGCCGCUUCUGUUAUGAAGUGGCACUGCUGUUCGGCUUAAGGAAUCGACACCUCAAGAGUCAGCUUCAGGUCACCAAAUCCCUCUGCCAUUUCUACAGCUCCGUGUCCCCCAAUCCUGAGGCGUGCAUCACCUACCACGAACACUGGCUGGCUCUGGCUCAGCAACUCCGGGACCGAGACAUGGAAGGGAGGCUGCUGGAAUCUCUGGGGCAGCUCUACCGGAACCUCAACACAGCCAGGUCCCUCCGGCGGUCCCUCCACUGCAUCAAGGAGAGCCUGCGCAUAUUCAUCGACCUGGGGGAGAGAGACAAGGCCGCGGAGGCCUGGCUGGGGGCGGGGCGCCUCCAUUACCUCAUUCAGGAGGAUGAGCUGGUGGAGCUCUACCUGCAGGCAGCCAUCCAAACAGCCUUGAAGUCGGAGGAGCUGUCCCUGGCCCUCAAGCUCCACGAAGAAGCUGGGGACCUGUUCUUCAACGGAGCGCGUCACAGGCACCGGGCCGUGGAAUACUACCGGGCGGGGGCCGUUCCUUUGGCCAGGAGGAUGAAGGCGGUGAGGACGGAGCUCCGCAUCUUCAACAAGCUGACGGAGCUGCAGAUCAGCCUGCGGGGCUAUGAGAAGGCUCUGGAAUUCGCCACGCUGGCCGCCAGGCUGAGCGUAGUCACGGUAUUCCUGUUCCUAGGCGAUCAGAAGCAGAAGCUGGUGGCCUUUCACCGACUGGCCACCGUGUACUACUCCCUGAACAUGUACGAGAUGGCCGAAGACUGCUACCUGAAGACGCUGUCCCUCUGCCCGCCGUGCAUGCAGAGCCCCAAGGAGGCGCUGUACUACGCCAAAGUGUACUAUCGCCUGGGCCAACUCACCUUCCACCAGCUGAAGGAUGCCCACGACGCGGCCGAGUACUUGCUGCUGGCCCUGGCGGCGGCCGUCGAGCUGGGCGACGCGGAGCUGCAGGGCCGCGUGCGGAGCAGGCUGGAGCUCGUCUUCCGCAGCCCCCUGUGGACCAGCAGCCCCUCGGGGGGCUCGUCGGAGAGGGCGCGCUGGCUGAGCGGCGGGGGCCUGGCCUUCUGACGCCUGGGGGGCCGAGCGCGGAGGGCGAGGGGCUCCCGGCCGGCGGGUGC